GCGAGGGCGCCAGAGGCUGUUAGGGACCAGGUUCGCCAAGGACAGGAAAAUGGCGGCCUUGGGGUCGCCGGCGCGCACUCUGCGAGGCCUUCUGCGGGAGCUGCGCUACCUGAACGCGGCCACCGGGCGACCAUACCGCGACACAGCAGCCUACCGGUACCUGGUUAAGGCUUUCCGAGCACAUCGGGUCACCAGUGAGAAGUUGUGCAGAGCCCAACACGAGCUUCACUUCCAAGCUGCCACCUAUCUCUGCCUCUUGCGUAGUAUCCGGCAACAUGUAGCCCUUCAUCAGGAAUUUCAUGGCAAGGGUGAGCGCUCAGUGGAGGAGUCUGCUGGUUUGGUGGGCCUCCAGUUGCCCCAUCAGCCUGGAGGGAAGGGCUGGGAGCCAUGAUGCAGAAAGUCCUCAGAUGUUUCUUCAUUCAAGAAUUUAACCAUUUCUACCAAUAUGUAUUUAUCAUUAAAUCUUUUUUAAAGUGUAGUUUUGGUUUUUGUUUGCUUUUCUGUGUUUUUUGUUGACUGAAUAGUUAGGGAAAUAAAAUUGAAGUGAAUCUGCUGAACUUUUUAACAUUGGGUUCACUGAUGUUCUUAAAGAUUUAUUUAUUGUAUAUAAAUACACUGUAGCUGUCUUCAGACACCCCAGAAGAGGGCAUCAGAUCUUAUUACAGAUGGUUGUGAGCCACCAUGUGGUUGCUGGGAUUUGAACUCAGGACCUCAGGAAGAGCAGUCAGUGCUCUUACCACUGAUCCAUCUCUCCAGCCCUCAUUGAUGUUAUGUGUCAGUGCUCUUGCACAUGAAGGUUCAUGUGGAGACCAGAGUUUGGCAAAGGGAUGCCUUUCUCAAGUACUUCUCUGCCUUGUUUCUUGACAGUGUCUCUCACUGAACUUGGAGCUCACUGUUUUGGGUUCAGUGACUAACUAGGAAGUGUCCAGGAUCUAUUUGUCUUGGCUCUCCAGCUCUGGGGUUAGAAACAUGAACUGCAGUGACUAUGUAUGUGGGUGUUUGGGAUUCAAACUCAGGCCCUUACGUGUGCACACUGUAUCCAGUGAGCCUGCUCCCUAGUCCCUGAUGUAUUUGACUUAACUUUUAAAACUUAGGGCUUUUGUUGUUGUUGGUUUUGGUCAUAAAUGGAGAGAUGGGCUUAGUGGUCAAGUGUGUGUGUGUUACUCUUGCAGAGGUUCUGAGGUUGGUUUCCAGCACCCAUGUCAGGUAGCUAACAACCAUCUUUUGUAACUUGUUACAGAGAUCCCAGACCUCUAGUCUGUACAGGUACCUACACUCAUGUGCACAUACAUAUAUACAUAUACAUAAUUAAAAAUAAAAUUUUGUUUUGCUGUUU